AUGGGAAUCGAGCUUGGACUUUCUCGAAUCAUUCUUCUUCUCAAGAGACUUAACAACCCCCAUCUAACGACAUGGAAGGCCGUUCAUGUUCUGGGAACUAACGGUAAAGGAUCUAUAUGUUCCUAUAUCUCCUCUAUUCUUCAGUCUUCAUCGAUAUCACUGGGAAAAUUCACCUCGCCACACUUGUUAUCCGUCACCGACUCGAUCAUGGUGAAUGGCAAGCCAUUGACAAAGGAUUCUUACGAACGUAUCAAAAGGAAAGUAAAAGACGUGGAUCAUCAGUUUGCCAUAAAUGCCACCGAAUUUGAAGUUUUGACAGCAGUGGCCUUCGAAGCAUUCAGAGAAAUGCGGGUGAAGGUUGCAGUGAUUGAGGUGGGAUUAGGAGGAAGAUACGACUCGACCAAUGUGUUGACUGCCAAUAGUGAUACUUUAAAAGACAAGGCAAAUGAUCAAGGAGAUUACGGGGUGUUGGUCACUGGUGUUGCCAAUAUUUCAAAAGAUCAUGAAAAUGUUCUUGGUAAUACUAUUGAAGCGAUCGCUUAUCAGAAGGCAGGGAUCAUCAAGCCUCAGGUCCCAUGUGUGGUUGACGGUACGAACCUGGGGUCUGUGAUCGAGGUGAUUAGGGAAGAGGCAAAGUUAAAAAAUUCCCAACUCACCGUCGCCGAUGCCACGAACAAGCAAUUCUUAGUUGAUUCACAUUCUGGUAGGACAACAACCAUUGAUGCCACCUCAUUAUCACCAUUAUUGGGAUCGUAUCAAGCCGCCAAUCUUUCAGUGGCAUUCAACAUUAUUACACAGGUCCGCCGCCAGCUAUCGCACCUGAAGAAUCCAGAAACUAGAGCUUUGGCACAAAAAAUCACAUUGACAUCGAUUAUCAAGGGGAUUAAAGAUACCAAAUGGCCCGGAAGAUUACAGAAAUUACAAUUGAGAAACACCACCCAAUCCAAAUUGGAUAUCUUGUUGGAUGGGGCACACAAUGUUGCGGCAGCACAUGAAUUACAAAAAUAUCUUCAAUCGCUGAUUUCAAGUAAACGGAAAGUGGCACUAGUGGUACUGAUGACGGCCCUGAAAGAUCUUCCAGGAGUGAUGGCACCAAUCUUGGAUAGCAUCAAGGAAGUUCUGUCGGAGUUUGCAAUUUACUUGACCAACUUUGAUCAUACCCACGGCGUAGAAGAUAUGCCUUGGAUUAAAUCUUAUGAUUGUGACCUAAUGAAAUCUGAAUUUGAAGCCCUAGGAGUGGACACCACCAAUAUCAAUAUUCAGAAAGACGUGGCUAAAUUAUUUGGCAAAGUUUUACCCGAGAAAAUGGGUGGUAAUCAAGAAGACUGGGAUAUAGUUGUUUGUGGGAGUUUGUACCUUGUGAGUGAGGUAUUGAGAAUUCAUUUGGCAAAUGGGGGAGAUAUUAAGGAUAUUUAUUAA